UCAAUCAAUGGAUGACUUUUUACCAAAAGAUUAAUCAAUUAACAAUCGUAACUACUCGGUCUUUCUAGUUACGCCUACAAUGACAAGUUAUGAAUAUUAAAACUACCAUGUGAAGCGAUGAUAUUUUAUGACUGACUGCGCUAAUGCUAUGCAUAUUUGUGUUUAUGGAGUGAUUCUUAUUUUCAUACUUUUCGUUAGUCUUCUUAUAUUUGUUUACAAACUCAGACGAAACAGGAAAAUCAAAGUAAAUGGCAAAUCAGUAUUUAUAACAGGAUGUGAUAGAGGCUUUGGUUACCAUAUAGCCAAACAGUUGAGCACUUUAGGAUUCCAGGUGUUUGCUGGUUGUCUAGAUAUUAACGGAGCGGGUGCAAACGAACUUAAAGACUUCUCAAAAUGUGUGCAUCCUGUACAAAUAGAUGUAACCAAAGAACAAGAUGUCUUAGAUGCAUUAAAGUUUGUUGAAGAUACUAUUCAAGAUAAAGGAUUAUGGGCUGUUAUUAACAAUGCAGGUGUAGCAUCUUACGUCGAAUGUGAAUGGUGUCCAUUAGAUGUCUAUCAACGCUUGAUUGACGUGAAUUUAACAGGUGUAAUCAGAGUGACCAAAACAUUUCUACCGCUCGUCAGAAAAACCCAAGGUCGUGUUGUCACUGUUGCAAGUCUGGCUGGAAGAAAUGGAUUGCCAGGUUUCUCAGCAUACACUGCUUCGAAGUUUGGUGUAAUAGGAUUUUCAGAAUGUCUCAGAAGAGAAAUGCAAAAGUUUAAUGUCAAGGUCAUCACAAUAGAACCAAGCAUGUACAAAACAAAUAUAACUGAUGAAAAUAUUAUCAUCGCACAAAACAAGGAGUUAUGGGAAAAGUGUCCAGACGAGAUUAAAAAUGCAUAUGGAGAACAUUAUUUCAACGAUUUUCUUGUUAAAAUAAAGGAAAAUAUACUAGAUUUAACUGCCAAUAAAGACAUUGCGCAAGUAAUUGACGCAAUGGAGGACGCCAUUUGUUGCCAGUAUCCGGACACUAGAUAUGUUCCAGGGUUUCGUACUUCUUUUGAGAGUUUUAUAUAUUCCAUAUUGCCAGUCAGUAUUCAAGACUUAACAGUUUCGCUUGUAAUGAAAUAUGUCAGCAAACCAUGUCAAAUGACUACAUUAAAUAAAAACAAAUAAAACAUU